GGGCUUUUUAUAGCAGGGGAAAAAAAAACCAGGGCAAUCCCCCCUGAUUUUAUUGGCUGGAGACAGAUGUAACUCUAGACAUCCUGUAAAUUGUACGUUUUCCUGUAGAGACCCAGGGCUUUUUUUAGCAGCCUUUUUUAGGGAAUGGUCUUAUCAGGAGCUUUCUGCACUCCCAGCACCAUCAGCAGUCCUCGGCGCUGCCCACACAUUUCAGCAAACAUUUUUUACUGCUGCAUGAACAGACGAAAGGUUUCUGGCUCCAGCAAAAGAAAAAUGCACGGUAUGACCAACAUUUUAGGUCACAGAAACGCAGAAGUGUUGGAUACACCUGAUAUUCCUCACUCCAGCAAAGGAGAUGUGUGGAGUCCACCCAGUGGUUCUGGCUCCAGCGGAGAAAUGUGGUGUAGACCCAACGUUUCUGGCUCCAGAGGAACUGACUCACGGCCAACAUACCAAGUUUCUGGCAGCAGAGGAAGAGAGGUAUUGGAAAGACAGCAUGAGGAUACUGAUCCCAGAAAGACAACUGCAGAAGGCAGCAGACAUAUAUCUGACACCUCACAGCAGCCAUCAGCCUAUGGAGACCUGACUUGUAACAUGAAGGGAACAACUGAAAUUAUAAAAGAGAUGCUCGAUCAAAUCACAAAGAAAAUAUUUGAAAGGAUGGACAGGAUGGAAAACACAAUAAAAAAUUUGUGUGACACUGUUGCUACUCAAUAUCACCUUCCAGACAGUCACAACAGAGCACUUCCUGAAAGGGUAAUCCAAAUGCCGCAUAAGGAGAAAGAGGAAAAUGAGAUGCUGAAAGAGAAGAUCAAAAAGCUAGAGCAAAGAAACCAAGAGCUGUUGGCUAAAGCGAUGGCCAUGCACCAGCACUCUGAGGACAUCAAUGACCCCUCACGUUUGUCUGCUGUGCUGGAGAGGUACGAGAUGCUCCGGCUGAAGGAGUGGGAGAAAGUCAGGAGCUCCAUGCCCUACCCCUGGACCUAUGAAGAAGGCAGUCACACCAUCAGGAAGGUGUUUGAUGCCUGUGAAAAAGAUGAACAAUGGAGAAGAGAGAAACUACUUCAUGUUAUUUACAUUCCACCUUCAAAUAAGGUGAUGAUGCAAGAUGUAAUGAAGCUGUUGAGAGAACACUAUCACCAAAACCCAAUGGUUUAUGACCAGAUUGUUCAAGAAGCUGGCAUUCACAUAAGAACUGAAACACUGCAGUUCCUGCGGCAGUGCUGCCAAAUUUAUUGUUUGCUGCUUCUUCAGGACCCACCAGUUAAAGCUGAGUGGGGGAUGGACAGAAGGCAUUUAGAGCACGUGGACAAGAAAGAUGUAGUGCACUGGAAUAGUGCAUCACUUCUGUGGCCCAUAAUGAAACGUGGGGAAGAAAUUAUUGUGAAAGGUGUAAUCUGGGAUUAAAAGAAAAUUACUUUA